AUGGCUCUCCUUUCCCCUGCUUCACCUGGAUCACCAGGCACGGUCGGUUUGGGGUUUACAGACCUUCCCUGGCCCUGCUACCCCGCUCCUCUUAGCCCGGAAGACCUCAAACCACUACCGAUCCAGAGGUUUAUCCUCUCCCCCUCUCACUCCGCUUCGCAGGGGGCGAAGGAACGGGUGAGGCAAGCGUUGCUCAGGUGGCAUCCGGACAAGUUUGAGGGAAGGUGGAUGGGGAGGUGUAGCGAGGGGGAGAGGGGUGAGGUGAGGCAAGGGGUCAGGGCGGUGGUGGACGCUUUGGGAGAGGUGCAGGAGGAGAUGAAUAGGAGGGGGGUGUGGAGUCCUUGA